AUAGGGUUUGCCUCAGAGUCUCGUCGAUACCCUCGAGAUCCAUGGGAUUACUCACCUUUUCCCCAUUCAAGUAUUAUCCUCUCUCUCCCUCUCUCCCUUUUUUUCCUGGAAUUGUUUGAACGAAAAUAACUUUUCAUCAAACAAAAUUUAGGAAUUUAAAGAAAGAAAAUGAAAAAAAAAAAUUAUAGACGAUUGUCAAUUCAGUUGUGAGGUGGGCUGCUAUCAUUUUUUAUUUUUUUUGCCUUUUAUUUACGCAGAGUUUGGCUGCUGGUACAGUAUCUAACUUCCAUCAUGGUCUGCAGAGGAAAGGGGCCCGUGGAAGAGUUUCUAGCUUUACCAAUUGAUAGGGUUGUAGGAAAUUUAGGCGUCGUUUAUUUUUAAAGAUGAGAUUAUUUUUAAAAAAGAAAUGAGUUGAAAUUAAAGUUAAAAAUUAAAUAAAAUAUUAUUAAAAUAUAUUCUUAUAAUAUUAUUGCCUAGCAAUAAACACAAAUUAAUUUUAUAAUUGAAAUUUAAAAAAAUUGAAUUGUUUAUUUUAUUUUGUAUGGAAAUUUGAAAAUAUUGUAAUGAUUAAAUGAGAUGGGAUAAGAUAUUUUGUGAAAGUGAACUAGACUCGCACAUAAUUAAGGGAACCAUUGAAAGGUGAUUAGGUUGCAUUUAGGUAUUGAGGUGAUCUCAGAUAUCUUGUGAAUAGUAAGGAAAAAGUAGUGAAAAAGUAAUGAUAAAAUAUUGAAUAAUAGUGAAUAGUAGUACAAAAUAGUAAAAAGUAGGUAAAAAGUAAUUAUAAAAUAAUGAACAGUAGUAAAAUAUGCUAAGAAUACUCCACCACCUAAAACACUAGAAACGGGAACUACUCAAGAAACUAUGAAGGCUUUUCCCAACCUAGCUUAGGUUUUUUGUUGUGCUUACCUAUUUUUCUUGAAGUCUCUUGCUGUGCUUAUCAAGCUUUUUCUUAUCUUACUUUGACAAGCCACUUGAAAGGGCCUUUUGUAUCAGUGAAUAAGAGUUUUGUUGAUGAGAAAUAGGCAUAACUCAGGUACAUAGGAUAUAUACAAUAGCCACACCUAGGCAUGAUUGACUAGAAUACUAGAAGAGUUAUACUACACAACCACCCACUGUUCAUGCAACCACCGCACUCCAGCCAACGUGACAUUUCUUUUUUUAAAACGUCGGUGUUUUGGUCCAUCUGCAUCAUUUCAAUUCCCCCCCCCCCCCCCCCGCCCGCGUUCUUCUUCACUUCUGACGCAAGAAAGCUUCCCUGCGUUCUUUGCCCCACGGCCCCAACUAGUUUCCUUCGCCGGCCUGACCUUCUCCCUGCCCCGUGUGGGUGCAUCAGUUCACCCCGUUUGACUUCAUCACUCCGGCCCGUUUGGCUUCAUCACUCCGGCUGGCUUUCUCUCUCGGCGCGUUUAUUUCCGUACGAUAUUGAAAAGCUUCUCCAUUUAUUUUCGCCGCACAAUCCUCCGGUGGUAUCCUAGCUUCCCAUACCCACCGACUGUCGUAUUGCAAGGGGUGAGUUAUUGCUGUUGAUUUUAAGUAGAUAAGCUAGCCACUAAAUUUAAAUGCAAAAUAUACUGUCCCAAAUGGUUCCUUAAAUAGCAUGAUGGGCGAAGAGAAAGAUUUGAUGCCACCCAGGCCUUCUACAUCGACUUCACCCACCCAUCAUCUGGCAAUGCCACCCUUUGGGCCAACCAUGCCAUACCCUCCUUCGACUAAUUUGGAGGAGUUGAGACAAGGUGAAGAUACAACCCAGCACUCAGCAAUGUCACCAUGUGGACCAAGUAUGCCCGUACCAAUUUGCGCAAGUGGUUCAUCAUCUAUGCCAUUUAGUGUUGAAAGUGAAAAUGAUGUUGGAGAAACUUCACUCUACAAAAAUGUAUCGCCAAAUGCGGAGGGGAUGUUUGAAGUUUCAGAUGAUGAUAAUAAGAUUGAGCUUCCAAAAGUUGGUACUCUUGAGAUAUCCCUCAAAGUGCUUUUUGAUCCCACUCAACUCCGUGGAAUACGUACAAUAUUUUGGCUUAUUUUUUAGAUGCUAUGGCAUAGGAGUUGAUUAUUGUAUAUAACAAGUUGAAAGAUGUACAACUUUUGUAAAGGAAUUUGUAUAUGAGGUGGAUAAUAUAUUUGUAAAUUCAUGGUUGUAUAUGAAGUGGAUAAAUUCUAUUUUCCAAUUUGGCUAUGAAGUGUAGUGUUGGGCAGCA